CGUGCACCUCUGCCAGACUUGCCAGUCCAGAAACGGCAUCUCGUGCCUUCUCGUCGUAGCUAUUUUCCUGCUUGUACCAGUCCUGUUAAUUCGAAUCAACGGUGUGUUUGUCAGCGGAUGACAGCAGAGCGAAAACAUCAUUGAUUGAGCAUAGCCAUGUCCACAAUGUCAGAGACAAAGGAACUUUUCAGACAAGCAGAUGCUGUAUGUUUUGAUGUGGACAGCACAGUUAUCAAAGAAGAAGGCAUUGAUGAACUAGCUAAGUUCUGUGGUGUGGGGGAUGCGGUAACUGAAAUGACACGUAGAGCCAUGGGUGGCUCAAUGACUUUCAAAUCAGCUUUGACUGAGCGUCUCGCCAUCAUCAAAUGUUCCAGAGAACAAGUCAAUAAACUGAUCACAGACCACCCUCCACAGCUCACCCCAGGUAUUAGGGACCUUGUGGACCGUUUACAUCAGCGCAACAUCAAGGUGUUCCUCAUCUCAGGUGGCUUUCGCUGUAUUGUUGAACAUGUGGCCACUCAGCUAAAUAUUCCUUUAGAAAAUGUCUACGCCAACAGGCUCAAGUUCUACUUUAAUGGCGAGUAUGCAGGAUUUGAUGAGAGCCAAGCAACAGCAGAGAGCGGUGGCAAAGGAAAAGUCAUCAGCAUGCUGAAGGAAAAGUACGGCUUCAAGACAGUUGUAAUGAUUGGAGAUGGAGCCACUGAUCUGGAGGCCUGUCCUCCAGCUAGCGCCUUCAUCGGAUUUGGUGGCAAUGUCGUGAGGCCUCAGGUUAAAGAGUUGAGUACGUGGUAUGUUACAAGUUUUGGAGAGUUGCUGAAAGAAAUGGAAAAGAUUUGAAGAUCCUAGAAAGAAUACUUUUUUUAAAAAAAACUUUAUCAGUGUUAUUUGCACCAAAAUGUAUGUAUCUAAUGGUUUUAUCCAUUGUGCAUACUCCAAUUAUGUCAACAGAUUUUGAAUCAGUGACCAUUUACUUGAGUCCGACCAAUUUUACCUUCAUGUGGUUUUUACAAUCUUGAUAUUCUAUACUAGAAGAUGUAAGACAUCCACUGCCUGUGUGAAGGUUCAAAAUGUUAUUUUUGUGUUUUAGGCACUUUUUUUUCUUCUAAGACAACUCCAACACAAUGGGAAGUGCAAUGUGAAAAAAACCAAGAUUUUAAUUAUGUAAGACUGCAGCUAAAUGUGUUAUAAUGAUAAAGAUUAAAAACAAACAGGCUAUAAA